GAAACUCGGAAGAGGAACGUGGAUAAACCAACUAGAAUCACUUUUAUCCUCCAUUACCCUGACUGUUGGGUUGGGAAGCCUCUGGAGAUUUCCGGCUCUAGCCUACCAUCACGGCGGCAGCGCGUUUCUUUUGCCGUAUUCCUUGUGCCUGUUGUUAUUUGGUUUUCCGAUGCUUUACUUGGAGAUGCUAAUGGGACAGUACUCCAAUGAAGGUCCAACUACCCUAUUUGCACACUAUGUACCAGCUUUUCAAGGUCUUGGAUGGGCAAUGGCACUUAUAUGCUUCACGGUUGCCAUCUAUUAUUGUGUAGUUGUUGCUUGGUGUUUUCUAUACUUCUUCGCCAUCAUUAGCGGUGAAACAGUAGUUUGGAGUAGAUGCGACAAUGUUUGGAAUGAUGUCUAUUGUAUUGAGACAGAGGCUAUGAAAAAAUGUAAGCAACGUGAUCCAUCAAAACCAAUAGCAUUUAAUGGAUCAUGCAUUGCUUCCGCAAUCGAAGGGCUCAAAACGCCAUAUGAUCAGUACUUCACAAAUGUGAUGACGAAGAGAUCGUCUGGAAUUGAACAUUAUGGCGGAAUUAACUGGUCAACUUUACUUGCACUAGCUAUCAUAUGGAUAUUUGUUGGUCUGAUACUAUUGAAAGGCUACGUUUAUCUUGGAAAAGCCGCAUAUGUUUUUUCUGUAGCUCCUUUUGCAAUUGUUUUCGUUGUGUUUUGGCGGGCGAUCACAUUAGACGGCGCAAUAUUUGGGGUAUACUACUACUUUGGUACCCCAGAUUUUUACACCCUGCUUCACCACGAGACUUGGACGGAAGCUCUAAUGCAAGUGUGUUUCAACCUUAACGUCGGUUACGGAGGAAUUAUCGUUGUUGCCUCUUACAACAGAAGAAAAAACAAUUGCUACAAGGACGCAUGGGUAGUCGUCAUCGCAACCUUCGUGAUGAACAUAUUUGGUGGAGUCGUCGUUUUUGCAAGCCUUGGAUACAUCUCUAAGCAGCUUAACAAGCCCAUUAAUGGAAUUGUAUCUAGUGGUUUAUCUAUAGCCUUUGUCGCCUACCUAGAAGCAAUGCAAGCGAUGCCAUAUUCUUCUGUAUGGAGCAUGUUUUUCUUCGCUAUGCUUUUCCUUCUUGGAUUUGGCUCCGUAAUGGUGAGCGCCGAGACCAUUUGCACAUGUAUUUACGAUGAGUGGCCAAGCACACGAAGUUUUAAAUGGGUUAUAGCAUUUUUUUGUUCAGCAAUUCACUUAUUUUUUGGAAUUAUAAUGACAACCGAGAGCGGAUUCUACUGGUUUACUCUACUCGACGAGUUUAGCGGUUCAACUUCUUUAUGUCUUAUCGUUUCAAUGGAGGCCUUCAUGCUCAUGCAUAUUUUUGGCCAUGUGCAUGUGUACGAGAUCAUCAACGAGAUUUUUGGCGAAAGGUCGGGAAGUAUUCUAUCCAUGUUAGGUCCUCAUUCGCGUCUAUGGGAGAUUUGCUGGAAGUUUUUUAUUCCAGCCAUGGGAUUGAUGCAUGUUCUGUUUACUGUUAUACGGAAAGACCCAAAAGUUGAGGAUUAUAUGCGACGAGAAGAUUUCCCUUUGUGGGCAUUGGCAGUUGGUCGAUGCCUCAGACUAUUACCUCUCCUUCCCGUGCUAGUCUUCUUCAUCGUUAAUGUUAUAAGAUGGAGAAGGAAAAAAAUGUCGCUCAAGACAUUAUUCUUUCAACCAGUUCAAACUCCGCGAGACAGCAGGAGCGACCAGAAAGAUAUCUCUUCGAACAAAUCAGGUGAAAGCGGACGGCUCCCUCCAUGAUUGGAAAGCAGAAAAGAUUUUUAAAAUUGUGUAACCUUCC